UAUGAGGGGAUAUAAACAUAAUAGGCAACAUAUACAUUUUUUCUGUUAUUUUCUUUCUCAAGAUGAGUUCCAUUUCCUUGGCCCAGCUAAUUUCUUUUAAUAUCAAUUUAAUUAUUUUAUUUUUUCAAUCAUCUAAAAACUGAAAACAAAUUUCAAUCUCAUAAAAGAAUUAUCGUUGAAUUCUACCAACUCUAUAGCGAUUUAAUUAACCAAUCAAAAUUUCAAACAGUCUUAUAUUACGUAAAUAUAUCAUUCGAAUAGAAUCAUUAAUACCAUUUUUGUUGAUAAUAAAUAUCUUAACUAGGAGUUAUUAUAUAAGUUGAGUAAAAUGAGUCUGACUAUUUAUUUUGGUUAUGAUGUAUAGUUGAAAACUUGCUUGUAAGAUUUGAACUUUAUAGCAUAAAGUAAGAGUGAGAUAAAUUUUUGAAUAAUUUUAGACAUCUACUACUUAAAUUAAUACAAUUUGCAGGAAAAUAACAAUACAAUUGGAAGUUAUCAUAAAGGAAAAUAAUCAGAAAUGUCAAAAGUGCCAGUAGUAAUAAGAUUUCAUAUGUUUUAUAUUCAAUUCAAUUUUAUGUUUAAUUCAAUCAUAAAAAUAAAUAAUAAUG